AUGUCAUCAUCAGACAAGGCAGUGGGUUCAGUGUUGCUUGUAGAAAGAAACGGGGUCAAGACUCCAAUCUACUAUAUCAGCAGAAUGCUCACAGAUCCAGAAACAAGAUACUCCACGAUGGAGAAACUAGUACUAGCACUACUACACGCCUCAAGAAGGCUGCACCGAUACUUCACAGGCCACGUCAUCACCGUACUGACCAAUUUCCACAUUGGGACAAUAUUGAAAAAACCGGAGACAUCCGGACGAUUAGAGAAGUGGGCGAUCGAGCUGGGAGGCCACAACAUUUUGUAUAGGCUGCGCCCAGCCAUCAAAGGUCAAGUCCUUGCAGACUUCAUCACAGAAGUCCCAGCUGAGAAGAUCAAGGAUUGUGAAAUCGUUGAGGCUCCCAUAAAAGAUACAUCAGAUGAGCUGUGGUUCCUAUACACAGAUGGUGCCUCAAACGAGGAUGGCUCAGGAGCCGGCUUGCGCCUGGUCAGUCUUGAAAAACACGAAUUUACAUACGCUAUCAGGUUGGAUUUUAAAAAUACCGACAACGAAGCAAAAUACGAGGCAUUUCUAGCAGGCUUGCGCCUCGCUAUUAAAAUGGGAGCCAAGAAUUUACAGGCACACGUUGAUUCACUCUUGAUAGCCAGUCAAGUGAACGGAUUCUACGAUGCAAAGGGCGACGUCGUGGCCCUGUAUCUAGACCAAGCGAAAGAACUGCUUCAGAAAUUCAAGACAUACAGGGUGGUACACAUAAAUCGCUCUGAAAACAAACAAGCAGACGCUUUAAGCAAGCUCGCAUCAACUUCCUUUCAGCACCUUGCAAAGGAAGUAAGAAUCGAAGUGCUCAAGAAUCCAUCAGUCCUGCUGCGCCAGGUAAACGUGAUCGAAAUGGGGCAACCAUCUUGGAUGACCCCUAUAAUUCGCUAUCUGCAAGAAGGGAUACUCCCAGAGAGCAAAGCAGAGGCAAGGAAAAUCCAACACAAGGCCAUGCACUAUGAAAUGAAUGAUGGUAUCCUGUAUCGGAGAUCGUUCUUAGGUCCCUUGUUGCGCUGCGUGAACCCCGAGGACGCAAAUUACCUAAUUCGAGAGAUCCAUAAAGGGAUAUGCGGUAUACAUGCGGGGCCACGCAUGGUUGUUGCGAAAAUCAUGAGCGCUGGGUAUUAUUGGCCAGGGAUGCAUGUCGACGCCCUGAAGGAGCAGCGCAAGUGCGAUUCCUGCCAGCGACACUCUCCAAAGACCCUGCGCCUCAAAAACGAUAUUAUCCCAGUGUCCACUGCUUGGCCCUUCCAACAGUGGGGGAUUGAUAUGGUGGGACCCUUCCCAGAUGCUCCGGGGGCCGUAAAGUUUAUAAUCGUGGCUGUCGAUUAUUUCACCAAGUGGGUGGAAGCAAAAGCCCUCGCAUCAACCACUGCCGUUGGCGACCAUGCAAGGUUACUUCAUUCUACACUUAUCUUUUUCACGAGACUUUCAUGA